AUGAGCGAAUUGAUACAUAUUAGUUUAAGUGUUCGUCACUACAAUGCUUAUUGUGUUGUUUUUAGCUUCGCUAAUCGAGUGAAUUGUCAAUCAUUGGUAUCUUACAGUGAUCGAAAUCUACAGUGUUACUCGUGUAGUGAUUGUCCGGAGCCAUUCUUUUACGUUCCUACACAGGUUACGAUAACACCACCAGAUGUUGGUCAAUGCAUGAAAACCGUAGUGACUGUGGCAGGAUCAAAUCGUCUCCUUGUGAGUAAGGGUUUUACCCGGAGUUGUAUAUCCGAAUCGUCGGCGAAUGUACGCGUUUAUUGUUGUCAAUAUAAUUUUUGUAACGGAAGUCAUAUUUCGUCUUUGUCAACAUCUUUACUUUUAAUGAUGUUUAUUCUAACGACUUUGACCGAUAACACAUUUAUAGUUUGA